GCUAGCAGACCCACCGAUGCGUGACCACUAACACCCAGUAUAUAAGGGCAAUGCUAAUCAAAACGAAUUCAGUUUAUAUUUCAGUGAAAACCUGAUAAUAGACAAACAUGAAGUGUGCGGUGGCAUUAGUUCUGGCCCUCAUCGGCAUAGCGGUCGCCAACCCUGUCCCACCGCUGGGGCUGGGCAUCGCCUCCCCUGUCGUGUUGCCAUCAUACUCCGUCAGCUCCAGCGUCAUCAACCACGGCGUGACGAUCCCGCGCGUUGUGGUGUCCGCCCCCAUCGUCCGCCACGUGGUCUCGGCCCCCAUCGUCACCGCACCCAUCAUCCGCACCCCCGUCAUCGCCGCCCCCGUGUCCGUCGGCUGGGGCGGCCUCGGCGGCCUCGGCUGGGGCUCAAGCCUCGGCUCCUGGAGCGGCUACGGCUGGGGCAAAGGAUGGCACUAACAAAAUAGACACGAAAUCAUUUUCUCCAAAAAGAAUUCUCGUUCUAUUUCCAAAUCGUUGUCACGUGUAAAAACUUGAGUCUAUUGUUGUUGUAUAUAGUAUUUUUUCGCUUUAUA